AUGGCCACAUUGCUGAAUGCUUUCGGCCCUCUGCCCGCACUGCCAUCCUGCUGGUACGAUGCAGAGCAGUGCCUGCAGUCGAUGCCUUGGAAAGAGCGCCAGAUGAACGGCUGCUUUACCUUCGAGGUGUGCUGCAUCUUCGACGGACAUCUUGGAGAACGAUGCUGGCUUCCUGGUUCCUUGUACACCUAUGAACAUUGCUGUUCGCUGGCGAUCGGUUCUGACAAUCAGCGUCACAUCCCGCUCUGGCACUCCAAGCACGUGCUGGUGAAGCUUGAAGCGCAAUUUGCAGAAUCUGCAGCCUACAGGGAAAAAGGCCGCAUCCUGACACUUGACCAGGAUGUACCUGGCACCUUUGAGGGGGAAUGGCAGAUUUAUCAACCACAAAACGUACCCCUGGUGCUGUGGGAGUCUGGCUACCUGAUGAUGCGCUGGCUGGAACAUAAAGCCAUGACUUCUGGCGUUUUCAGAGGCAGCCGUGUCCUCGAGCUGGGUGCCGGAAUCGGUCUUGCCGCUAUUACAGCCACGCUUGCUGGAGCAAAGGUGGUGGCGACGGAUGGCUCUAGCGAGGCGGUUCAGCUGAUUUCGAGGAACAUCGAAGCAAAUCUGGACAAUGAGCAGGCAGCGCGGAUCCGACCAGUACUCCUGGAUUGGACAACCAUCGUCCAAGGUGCUGCCAGGGACCCGAAGCUGGUGAAGAAGUUGGCCAUGCAAAGGCUCAGCGAUGCUGGCGUGUCGGGACCGUUUGAUGUUGUAGUGUGUGCCGCUCUUGGGUAUGUACCCGUCCAAACAUUUCAUGCGUUGCUCGGCAUCCUCGACUUACUCACCGACAAGGACACCAUUUUGUUCUGGGGCGCGGGAAAAGAUUUCAGCCUUCACUUGAACCAGUCGCGGAAUCACGACGAGAAGGCUGUCGAAAUGGACAAGGCAUUCAGGAUUCUGAAUGACUUGGGACCCGACCGACCUUCACAUUUGAAUCUUUUCGAGCUGCGACGCCGACCUUCCUGGAGAGGUGCGCCUGUGUUCCUGAUGAAUGAUGCAGAAACGAACUAG